CCCUCCCCUACUUCCCGUACGUAUAAACGGAGAUCGUGUUUGAAAACAGUGCUAGAACUCUCUGGUGCCAGAUUACAACAGUAUAAACCUGGCUUCCAACACGUAUUGCUCGACAUUUGGGUCCGCUAGCGCUAAAGUCAAUGAAUUCUCCCUCGGAAGAAAAUAAGAAAAGACAUCGCGAGAACUUUUCUACGCCUGAAAGUGAACCGAAUGUACUGGAAGCGAGCACUGUAAAGUGUUUUCCCGCUGUCAAACGCAGUUUUCGUCAAAAACAGAGUAAUUGGAGAUGGAGAUGGAAGUAUUUUACGAGGGCCCUGCAGCCAAUCUCAGAACAAGGUGAAAAUGCAAAAGAUGACACAAUUAAAGGUGAUGAGAGUGACCGCAAUUCAGCAGGGGUUGGGAGCAAUGAAAAGGAUUUAGAAAGAGGGUGUGAGAGCAUAGAUUUAUACAAUAAAGAUAAAGUGGAUUGUGCAUACAACACAAAGGAUGAAAAUAGUCUUCAAAAUAAUCAAGAAUCACUGGCAUCUAAAGAAGAUUACAGUGCCUGUAACAAACUAAUUGAGAAGUUUCAAGAAGCUGUGUUAGAUAAUGCAGUAAGAAUCAUUCAAGCUGCCUUUAAACGUUUUAGAGAAAGGCGCCAUUUUCUGAAACUAAAGAAAGCAGCCACAGUAAUACAAAGGAGUGUAAGACAGUGGCUUAAAUUGAGACAGUCGAAUGAAAGGCCUCGGCUAAAAUCUCUAAAGCACAAAGGAAAGCUCGAAAUAGGGGAACAAAAGAGUGGUUCAAUGCCAAAUCUGCUGAAUGGAAAAGUUGAUAGUAUUCACACUGAAAACAAAGAAAAAGGAGGUGAAAGAGAGACACCUCAUGGAGAAUUUGAAGAUGAAAGAGAACCAACAAAUGGAGGCUUUGAGGAUGAAAGAGACAACUGCCAGUGUAACUGCAAGGAACUGAUUCAUGGUAAUGAGGAGCUCUGUGCACGAGAAUCAACUGUGGAUGAAACUGACCAAUUUGACAUUUCAUUUGAUAGUCUCGACACUGAAUCUUUUAUGGGGAGUGCUGAUAAUCUCAGUGAAACAGAUGUCUACAUAGACCAGAAUGGAGAUAAAUCUCCCACUGGUGAUGCAGAUGCUCUCUCAUUGGCCGACAGCGGCAUUGACAUGUGUUCUGAUACAGUCCAAGAAGUUGCUAUCAUUGAGGAAUGUGAAUUUUCCAAGAUUGAAAAUACCCUUCCAAAUACCUCAAGCUCAUUAACAAAUGAACCAACUGAUCACUAAAAAUGAGAAGAAUUUGGUCCUUGCUGGCAUAACAAUUUCUAAAUACUUGUACUCUGACUGUACUAAUUCAAAAUCUUGAAAAAAAAAUUCUCUCACAGGUAUAUAUGAAUGUGUUAGAAAUUGUCCGGAGAAAGUGGACACAAGUCAGUCUUGUUUUUUUACUUUUCCCUUUUCAUUUCUUGUGCAUAUUUUUUUGGUAAAAAUAUUAAUAAUAUCAUGAUCAUAUAUUGAAGUCUGAGUGAUGGGGUUGAAAAACAAAAAUCAUUGCUCAAUAUAAGAUGUAUUAUUACGCAGAUCAGAGCUAUUUUAUAUUUCUCAUGUUUUAUUUUUAGCAUGAGAACUCUGUACCCAUCUCAAUUUCAGCUUUGAAGACAAUUCGUUUACGUCACUUUUGAGUAUUUUUUUUUGUAUUAUUACUUUCAUUGCCAAUAGUUGCUCUUCAGAUUAUUUCAACACAACCCAACCUUAAUUGCACACGUAAAUCCCAGAGGUUAUUAAUUCAGAACCUCUCUCUACAAUAUUAAUACAUUGUUAAGUAAUCAGGUGAUAAGAACAGACCAACACAUCAUCUAGAGGUUGAAAUCUUGAAAUAACACCAAGUUCUCUCUACUAAUUUUCAUGGAGUCCAAAGGGAGGAUUACUCCUCUGAUAUGUUAAGUGAAAGGGUUCAUGGAAAGGACCUUAGAACCAGCUCCCAAAAGAUUGAUGGAUUUGGUUAUUUUAAAAUGUCACUUAAGCUCAAGUAAGGCGAUAACAAUUGUGUUGUUUGUAGAUGGUAAAUUUACACUUUGCUAGCUGGCUUGCCUUAAGCAGUUUAUGAAGAUAUUUGCAUUCACUUUGAAUUGAAAACUUGUUCUGUUCUCCUCAUAUGGUGACCCAAAUAAGAGAAAAUUUCAGCGUAAUGUUUAUGUGCCAUUGGAGGAAAACUCAUUCUUUCUCAAACUUAUUUAGUUGGGAUGUCCUUGUCAUGAGAUUUAAACCUGUAAGUUGGGUUUGCUGAUGUUGACUUUUUUUAAAGUGUAUCUGCACAGUACUUAUUCAGGUGACUAGAAGUUUGUUUGUUCAUCUUUGUGAAUUCUUUUGCUUUUUUUAUUUUGCAUGCUAAUUGCAGUAAAGUGUGAGAAUGCCAGUAGUUUGUAAUUACACUUUACUAUAGUCCCAUUCCUAGAAAGAGAAGAGGAAAGUAUGUAAAGUAUACAAUAGAUAGUCAUUUUCAAUUUAUUAGUUUCUUUUCUAAACAUUGCUAAAUAAAUGCAUUUCAAUUCAAUUGGCUUCAAAUGCAUGCAAAAUUUUGGAAUAGAUAUGAUGCAUCAAUGGAACAGAAGAAUGAAAAGUUUCCAUCACUUGUAAAAAGUGAUUUAAAGAAUUUUGUUGAAUUUUAUAUUAAAUUGUGAAUAAAUUAUGGUUGUUGCAUGGAGUCUGUUCCAGACUUUCAGGCAACCAGAAUAUUCAAUGCUUAUUUAUGAAAAAUACUUGAAGAAUUUUUAAUAAAAUCUUGAAUUGACA